UCUAACAGCUGGAGGUCUGCUGGGCAUUCAAGCAAUGGCUGUUGAGUGAGGCAGCUGUCUCAAUAUCUAAUUGCAUUUUAGCUCUAAUAGCUCAAGGGAAAAGCAUUGCAUUGUCUGCCAUGAGUUACUUCCUGUCCUACUGCAAAGCACACUGCACCGCCGUGCUCGCCCAGUACCAGAGCCUGAGAUCAGAGGGCUUUCUCUGUGACAUUCUGCUGAAAGUGAAAGAAAACGAGUUUCCUGCACACAAGUCCUUGUUGGCGUGCUCCAGCGACUACUUCCGAGCCAUGUUCAAAAGUUAUACCCAAGAGUCUAAAGCCAGUGUCAUUCACCUACAAGUUGUCUCACCCACUGGGCUCCAGCACAUCCUGGAUUUCAUUUACACAUCCUUGCUGCCCCUUUCCUUUGAAAGCCUGGAGGAUACCUUGGAAGCUGCAAGCUAUUUGCAAGUGACUGAUGCUAUCAGCUUGUGCAAUCAGUACUUAGUGAACAAUCUUGCCUUGGAAAACUGCUGCUACUCUGCCAACGUGGCCAGGAAGUUCUACCUGCCAGAUGCCCUAGCAGCUGCAGAAAAAUACAUUAUCAAAAAUGUCUGGAAGCUGCUGGACUUGGAUUUGUCAGGACUUCUCGAGCUGAACUUCAGGUCUUUGCUAGCAGUGAUUCAAUCAGCAGACCUCCCCAUGGUGGAAGAAUGCCGCCUGUUGAAUCUUGUCCUGCUGUGGUUGAAGCAGGAUAAAUCCAGGCUGGAUCAUGCAAGCAGCCUUUUAGAGCACAUAAGAUAUGGUCUCAUCCCAGUGGAAGAGCUGAGAAAAACCUACACACAGUCAGAAGUGUCCCUCUCAGCAGGUAUUAAGUGCAUGAUCAUAAAAGCAAUAAAUUAUCACACAUCUGUAUACAAACAGCCUGUCCUGCAGGAUAAGUCCACCACACUGAGGAACCAGAAAACUCGGAUCAUUCUGCUGGGGGGAGGCACAGCAAGUGAGGGGCUGGUCACCGAUGUGGUGGCCUUCGAUGUUUACAAUCACAAAUGGAGAACCCUCACCCAGCUGCACGACAGGGUGCAGAACCACAGCGUGUGUGUGGUGGGGAACUUCCUCUAUGUCCUGGGUGGGGAAAUACAAACUGCUACCCUGGGUGAUGCUAAAACUGGAAAGACCUUAUUGGUUACAAACAAGGUCCAUCGGUAUGAUCCAAGAUUUAACACAUGGACCCAAAUCACGGCAAUGCUGGAAAAGAGAUGCCAGUUUUCCUGCUGUGUCCUAGGCAAGAAUAUCCUUGCCAUUGGUGGAAGGGGUGAGGACGGGUCGCUGCAUUCAUCUGUGGAAGUCUAUGACAUCAGCAGGGAUAGAUGGACCAAGGCCAGGGAAUUGCCAUGCAGGAUACAUGGUCAUGCCAGUGCUGUUUGCAAGAACACCAUAUACAUCUCUGGGGGCAAGUACUCGGCCCCAGCCAGCACAAGCAAUGACGUUUAUUCUCUGAGCUCGCUUGAAGGGCAGUGGGUGAAACGUGCCCCAAUGAGCAUUGCUCGGUUUGGGCAUCAGAUGGCAACGAUCAGGGGAUCCAUAUUCACCUUUCUGGGAUUAUAUGAACCUUUCUCUGAAAUAGAAAGGUAUGACCCAGAUCAAAACCAAUGGACUCGGCUGAAACCACUGGUCUACGAUCGAUUCUCCUACGGCCUGGCAGUGGUAGAGGAAACAGCUCUUCUUAUUGGGGGAAAGAAGUGGCAAAACUCCCUGGAGGUCUCCACACAAGACGUGGUUGGCUAUGACAUUGACAAUGAUGGCUGGGAAGAGAUCUGCAAGGCCCCUCUGCCCUGGUGGGGGCUGCAGUGUGCCGUGCUCCAGCUCUCCGAGGUGGCCGAGGAGCAGGACAGUGACAGCCACCAGAAGAAGCUGCCCAACUGCUGAGCUCCUGUGCUGAGGAAUGUCCAUCCCAGGAGAUGAGCGAGCAGGGCAGCCCUGGAGAAGAAGAAAAUCGCAGUGGCUCUGAAUG